AACAAGUUAAAUUCUAAUAUCGGUAUUAUAUUGUAGGUAAAAUAACAAGUCACUUUAAUAUAAAAUAUAUAUUCUUUUAAAGUUGUCUUUUUAAUUAAAUUUCAUAACAAUAAACUUGAUCUUAUUUACUAGCUUAUAAUUUUAUUGUUUAUAAUGUUUCGCAAUCAAUAUGAUAGUGAUGUUACCGUUUGGAGUCCUCAGGGUAGAUUACAUCAAGUAGAAUAUGCUAUGGAAGCUGUGAAAUUAGGAUCAGCCGUAGUUGCUUUAAAAAAUAAAACACAUGCUGCUAUUAUUGCUUUGAAAAGAGCACCAAAUGAACUAUCUGCUUACCAGAAAAAAAUAAUACCUGUUGAUGAUCACCUAGGCUUUUCUUUUUCUGGUCUAUUGGCUGAUGCUCGAAUUCUAAGCAAAUUCAUGAGAUCUGAAUGUGCUUCACACAAGUUUGCUCAUGGUGACAAUUUACCAGUGUCUAGAUUGAUGACAAAAGUUGGAAACAGAAUGCAAUUAUGUACUCAAAGAUACGAUAAACGACCUUAUGGUGUUGGUCUAUUAGUUGCAGGCUAUGAUGAUAAUGGUCCUCAUAUUUUUCAAACUUGUCCAUCUGCAAACUACACUGAUUGUAAAGCUAUGGCUAUUGGAUCACGAUCACAGAGUGCUCGUACAUAUUUAGAAAGGAAUUUAGAUGCAUUUAAAGAAUGCUCUCUGGAAGAAUUACUAAAACAUGGAAUGAGAGCUUUGAGAGAUACAUUACCUAAUGAUAUUAAUUUAAAUUCAAAGAAUGUUUCUAUUGCUGUCGUUGGUAAAGGUCAACAAUUUGAAAUUUAUGAUGAAGAAAAAACACAAACUAAGUUAUCUCUAAUUGAAGGGGAAGAAAGAAGAGCACCUGCUCCUUCAGCUGAAUCAACUGGAAGUGGACCUCAGCCACCUCAAGAUGGACCUGAAGGACCUCAGGAUCCGAUACCUGCUGUUGCUAUGGAAACUGAGUGAAGAAAUAUUUUAUAAAAUAUCAUAUGGCUUUUAAAAUAACUUAUUGAAAAUAUUAUUUUUCACAAAAAAAUUUGUUUGGAUAAAGAAAUUAUAAACAAUAUACACAAAUACAUUGUAAACUUCACUUUAUUA